UCUUUCUUUCUCCUUUUGUUUGUAAACCUGAUCCUCAUUGAGUGGAGCCUGCUUUUGGAUGUAGUAUUCCCACACUCCCACACGCUCCGUACAGACUGUCAGGUCUCGCUGGUCCUUCCCGGUGCCGCGGUGUGUUGUGUCCGUGUUGGAGCUGAGGGCGCUGUCCCCGGUGUCUCCGGUGUCUCCGGUGUCCCGGUGUUUCUUGUGCUCCUUGAGACAAACCAUAUCACCACUUCCGGGCUUGUUUUGAUCAGCAUUACAAGCUGGCUAUAAAGCGGACAGCAGAACUACAGCAGUACCACUGAAGCUGCGAUCACCAAGUCCGAGGGUUCUUUCUUUCUUUUGGGAUCUUUUUUUUCAAUUUACGGGGAGAACGGAGGACCUUCGGCACCGGGAACUAUGAGUGGACACAGGGACCAGCCCGGUGAAAGCUCUGGCUCCCAGGAGCCCACCGGGGCCGCGGACACACUGAAGAGGAGACCGGGGAGACCAAGGAAGAUCCACAAAGAGCCCAGUGGAGAGCCUGUCCCAAAGCGCCCGAGGGGCCGCCCCAAAGGAAGUAAGAACAAGGGCCCCUCCAAGGCAGCGCAGAAGAAAACUGAGGCAAUGGAGGAGAAAAGACCCAGGGGGCGACCCAGGAAAUGGCCACAGCAAGUCAUUCAGAAAAAGCCAGCUCAAGAAGAACAAGAAGAAGAGACAGGAGAGUCCCCAGAGGAGGACUAGACUUCAACACCAUGAAUCUCUACCUCAUUCAACUGUCAGGUCUUUCAAAGGAAAAAGAUUGCCUUAACCACUUUUUUUUUAAUUCUUUCAGUUUUGAGUUCUAUGAGUGCAUCUACACUGAUCUGUUGCUUAACAGGAAGAAAUGUCGAGUACUUGUCGGAAUCUUUAAAUUCUUUUGUUGCAGUUUUAGCUCGACCAUUCAGAAUGCAGCAACAUAAUAAAAAAACCAAAAUAAAAAAACCAAAAUAUCAUGUUUACUAAUUGUAUGGCAGAUAAAAAUAGAUCUUAACACCUACCCAUUAAAACAGACAACACGCGGAUAUCUCAUUACUCACGUAUAACAAACGUACCCUUCUCAACAAGAGUAAACUAAAGAGAAUCACAGACAGACACGUGUUAGUGGGGUCACAUCCCUAAUUUUGGAAUUAGGAUCCUCAGUGAAUAAUCAUCUUCUAAGUGAAUGAGAGAGUUACCACCAGCUCAUCAUUCUGAACACCACAGGACUGAGGUGCUGAUCAUAUUCACUCAGUGUGUCACCCUAGUUCUCUAUCUCUCUGACAUAGGCACACACAGAUAGUCUUUCUCACAGCUGAUGAUUGUUGACUAAUGCACUAAUUACCGCCAGCAGAAAAGACACUAGAACAAUCUGGUUUUGUCAUAUAGAAAUGCAAAACAAAUGCCUUCUGUUCAAAAUAUCUGUUUUAUCUUUGAAACUAAACCAAUCCUCUGCCGGCUUCACUGUCACCCAAAUUGGUGUUAGACUGUCAAAGACGAGGACACAGAGAUCGUGCCUCAGUCAUCCAUCACACUGGCCAAGUCCUCAUAGAGACCACUUUACAUUUACAGUAAAUCCAUCUUCUUCUGGUUGUUCUUUCGAAUAAUAUGCAGGGUGGAAACAGCACCUAGUGCAAAGUUUUGUCAUAGGUUGCAGUAUUGCCUGGUCCCAAAAGUUUUCCUUGACAAUGUGGCUCAUGUGUCUCAUAUAACCAAGGCCAGUCAUGCCAAUAACCAACCAUUAGUUGGGGAUUAGUUGCUGAAAUCUAUGACUGAACUGAAUUCCUUUAUUGAAAUGGUAAUGAUUGAAAUGAUUAAUGAUAAUGAUAAUAAAGGCUAUGCAGGGUGCAGGCUGGAUUUACUGACUCAUUGGACAAAUUAGACCUUAGAAGUCAGACAAAACUGUCUGCUAUUAUUUCAGUGCACAGGGCAGUGUUCAGGAUGAUUGUUAAAUUUGUAUAAAAGGCAGUCUAACCAAGUAAUAAACUUUAUAACUUUAUUCAGUCAGUCUGUCUUUUAGUCCUGUGGUAGAACAGUGAAAUGUCCAGCAUGCACCCUGCCAAACACCUAAUGCCAGCCGGGAUAGGCUCAAGUCCACUGGCAGUUUGCAAACAAAAAUAGAAUAAAAUAGAAUAGAAUAAAUCUUUAUUGUCACUGUUACAGAAAACAAUGAAAAUCGGUUUGGUACUCUCUGAAUAGCAGCAUUGAAAACAGACUAUAUAACACACCCUAAAAUAUAUACAACAUGAGAGAAAACUUAAAAUAUAUACAACAUAAGAGCAAAUAUACAGUAUGGAAACUGUUUGUGGUUAGAGACCUACUCUACACAUGAUUAUUGCACAUGAAAUAUGGAUUGCACUGACAUAGAUUUUGCACUUGUGAUAUGUGAUAUUGUCAUUUUGGGGGAGGGAGCAGACAUUUGACAGCUUGGGGAUAAAAGCUGUUUUUGAGUCAGUGAAUUCUGUGGGUCCUGUGGGUUACAGGGUGGGACCUACCUAGAUCAGGCUGAUCCUGUUACAUCCCACAGAUCCUCAAUAAGAUUUGGAUCUGGAGAGUGUGGAACCCAGGUUAACAGCUUAGCUCUGUCGUGUUCUCCGGGUCACUCCUGAGCAGUUUUUGUGGUGUGUUGGGGUGCAUUGUCCUGCUGAGGGUGGAAACUGGCAUCAAGGACUGCUGUUGCCAUGGGGGGUUAGGGGUUUGGGGAGUUGCUUGUCCUGUAAUGUUUAGGUUGGUGGUACAUGUCAAACAUCCACAUGACUGUCAGGACUCAGGGUUUCCCAGCAGAGCGUUGCAUUAGAACAAGAUGAAGGAUGUUAUUAAUUCUCAACCAAACUGGUUGACAUUUCCUUAGACAGCUGUAGUUGUUGUUUGUUGACUUAAAUGAACAAGCUCAUGGACAUAGCUUCAUUAUAUAUGUUCUAUCUAGCUUCAACAAUGCAUUUUAGCAUUUAUUACAAUAUGCAAAGACAUUCACAGACUUUGUCUGUUUUACAAAAAGCCUCAAGAACAAAACUACAAGAACAAAUCACACAUUACCUCAUAACAUGCUUGCUACCUGAAUUCAGCAGUCCAUCACAUUGGAUGGCUCCUCUUGCACUCUAAGUCUCAGGAGCCUUGUCUUUCAGGAAACCUGAUGGUAUACCAGUGCUUGCUGGUCACUCAUAUAUAAUAUCUUCUCAUGAUUCCAAACGACCUCUAACUCAGCACAACCAACUCAUGAACGCUGUUGCUAAGUUUAUGCAUACCAGUGAGCGGGAAGGCAAUGUGUAUUCUUCUAUUUGAUAAUGUGGUUUAACUUUAUACAUUGAAGCAAGGUUGUGGUGUUUGUUGUCUUGUCAUGGGGGAAUGGUAGUUGUCUGCAGUUUUUGUUUAUUUCAGUCAGGUAAACCCUUCAGUAAGAAGCAAAUGUUAGAUAUGAUAGAGACAUGUGCAUCGACAUUAAAAGAAAAUUCUACUUUUUACUGCACCAGCUUUAUUAUUCACACCUGUGACCAUCUAUCCUGUGCUGAGGAUACAUUUGCCCAUUGUUUUGAUAAACCAUUCAUUGAACCCAGAAGCAGAGCCAACAAGAGAAGGCACUAAAACUAAAGAUGCACUUACAAAAGGAGAAUGAGAGUUUCUCACUGGCCAUGAUGUUUAUGUUCUUCAUUAUGUACGUGAUGUAACAUUGUCUGUGCUGAAGUCUGGUCUUUCUGACAUUUAAACUGAAGUAUUUACUUGAUCACUUGUCUGCUGACCUUCUGUUGCAAAGCUGCAGGGAAGUGUUAACUUAAUAAUGUGACUGAAUUUCCAUUCUCAAUUUCCAUAUCCGUAUGUCCUUAUUUGAUUUUUUUGUAGUGUUACCAUAUGGUUAUUCCCUAAAAAAGUAAAUGACUGAACUCAAAACUACUUAAACCAAAAUUAGUUUUUUAAUAUGAAUAAUCUCAUAUCACAAUAAUCUACAGUAUGCCACUGCUUUUGUGCGGAGGGCAUAUCUUUAAAUGUUUUUACAGUAUAUUAUAAAUGUAAAUUUGGCAUAAGAAUGAAAUAAAAAAGUUAAACUUUUUUAAAAUGCGCUAUACAGAGUUUGUCUCCACCUGGCACUGAGUUACCUGACAUUUUUAGGUUUACUUUGGUCUGGUUUUUUUUAUCUAGAAAGCAGUAACAGCCCAUGUAUUAAGUGCUGUUUUCUUAUUUGACACAAUGUUAAUUUGAUUAUAAAGAUUGUACUGAAGCAUAUUUUCCCACAUUUACAAACUGUAACUUUUUUUUGGACAACCUGUUAACUUGAAUUUAUUUUGUAGUGAUUUACACAACUGAGUUAAAGUUAAUAAGCAUCUAGUUUGUAAGACAAUACAUGAUGUGAAUAUAUAGCUGUUUUAUUUGUUGUUUUUAGCUUCAAGUUAAGUUAGUUGGGGUUUUCUAAGAGUUGUGUACUACUUAUAUAUGUGCAAUACCUCAAACAGGCUGAUCUAAAUGAAUACCUACCUCCAGUGUUGACAUGGAAUGAUUGUGUUGGUUUACUUUCACUUUCAGUUAUUCUGACAUUAGAUAUGAUCUGUAUUUUAGGACUGCAGCACCAUCUCAUUCACCAAUGAGAAGGUGUGUCCCAACUGUUGACUGCUAAUGUACAUCUUAAAUAAACUUUAGAAUUUCUGAGUAUACUUUGAGUGGAAUCAUCCUUUAAGUCAGGGGCAUCAAACAUGCGGCCCGUGGGCCAAAAAUGGCCUGUCAGAGGGUCCAAUCCGGCUCACGGGACGACUUUGUAAAGUGCAAAAAUGACUGAGAUGACAUUAACUUGCAGAUUGUAAAUUUGUAAAACUGUAAAUUUAAGAUAAUUUCUAGACCAUGACAAGUUGUUUUGAUCAUAAAGUACAAUACUAGAUUGUUCAUUGUUCUUUUGUCAU